GAAUUAUCGUCAAUCAUCGUUCAUAACCCUAGAUCCAUAACAAUCUAUAGAUUUAGAUAGAUACGCAACACAUUCGUUCUUAUACAUACCGGGGGCCUUUUUACUAGUGGAUUGAUCUGCGGGAAAUGGCGAUUGUAAAGGCGGUGAACAAAUCGGCGACGGUGGCGUUCGCGCCCGAAUCACCGUACCUCGCGGCCGGGACCAUGGCGGGAGCUGUGGAUCUGUCAUUCAGCUCAGCGGCCAAUCUAGACAUCUACAAGCUCGACUUCACCUCAGAUGACCAGGAGCUCAUAUUGGCUGGAUCUGCGGCCUCUUCUGAGCGCUUCAACAGGUUGUCAUGGGGGAAGCGUCUGCCUAAUUCAGAAGAAUUUUCUAUGGGGCUCAUUGCUGGAGGCAUGGUUGAUGGCACCAUUGGUUUGUGGAAUCCCAAGCGUUUGAUAUCCUCUGAUGAGAAUCAGGAAGGUACUGAAGCAGCUGGUGAAGCUUUUUUAGGUCCUCUUUUUGACCAUAGUGGACCUGUUCGCGGAUUGGAAUUCAAUGUAUUUACUUCAAAUCUCCUUGCUUCUGGUGCUGAUGAAGGCAAAGUCUGCAUAUGGGACAUUGCAAAUCCCGCUAAACCUACCCAAAAGGGUGGUGGACGUGUAUCAUCAACGCAAAGUGAAAUUUCAUAUAUAUCUUGGAACAGAAAGGUUCAACAAGUAUUGGCAUCCACAUCAGUCAAUGGAACAACUGUGGUUUGGGAUCUUAGGAGGCCAAAGCCAGUGAUUAGUUUCUCAGAUUCUAUUAGAAGACGCUCUUCAGUUUUGCAGUGGCAUCCUGAUUUUGCAACUCAGCUUAUUGUAGCAUCAGAUGAAGAUAGUUCUCCUGCACUUACUAUGUGGGAUAUGCGAAAUGUAAUGUCUCCGAUGAAAGAGUUUGUGGGGCAUACCAAGGGUGUCAUUGCAAUGUCAUGGUGUCCCAUGGACAGUUCAUACCUCCUUACUUGUGCAAAAGAUAAUCGCACUAUAUGCUGGGAUGUCUCAUCUGGAGAGAUUGUGUCUGAAUUACCAUCAGGAACUAACUGGAAUUUUGAUGUGCACUGGUAUCCCAAUUGUCCUGGUGUCAUAUCAGCUUCUUCAUUUGAUGGAAAGAUUGGGAUUUAUAAUAUCGAGGGUUGUGAUCGGUAUGGUGCCAAAGAGGGAAAUUUUGGAGCAGCAACUCCUUUGAGAGCCCCAAAAUGGUACAAACAAGGAGGAGGAGUAUCAUUUGGCUUUGGAGGGAAAUUGGUUUCUUUUCGUUCCACUAAUGUCUCAGAGAAACCAUCAGAGGUGGAAGUCAAAACUGUGAUUACUGAGCACGGUUUAGUAAGUUCAUCCGAGUUCGAGACUGCAAUCCAGGAUGGAGAGAGAUCUCAACUCAGGCUCUUUUGUGAAAAGAAAUCCCAGGAAUUAGAAUCUAGUGAUGAAAGGGAGACUUGGGGUAUUCUGAAGGUUAUGUUUGAAGAAGAAAGGACUGCAAUGAUCAAACUACUUUCACACCUUGGUUUUAGCCUGCCUGUAGAAGAAAAAGAUAUCUCUGAACAGGUAUCUGCUCUUGGUCUAGGUGAAAGUCACAUGGCUCAUCAACAAAAUACUGUGGUGGAGGAAACCGCAGGACAGCCAUUUGAUAAUGAGGAAGAUUUCUUUAAUAACCUCCCCAGUCCAAAAACUGACACUCCUAUGUCAACCUCUGGAAAUAAUUUCUAUACUAAUGAAGCCGGUCCAGGAUGGGAGGAUGCUCCACCUGAGAUAAAUGGAUUAGAGGACACAACUGCCUCAUCCUCUGAUGAUGAUGCUAUUCUGCGUGCCUUGGUUGUUAAAGACCUCAAGACUGCUGUAACACACUGCAUAUCUGCUGGUAGAAUCACUGAUGCACUUGUUAUCGCACAUGUUGGUGGUCCUUCCCUGUGGGAAAAAACCCGAGAUCAGUACCUUAAGACAAGCCGAUUGCCUUACCUUAAGGUUGUCUCUGCAUUGGUUAAUAAUGAUCUCAGUAGUCUUGUAAAAAGCAGGCCAUUGAAAUCGUGGAAGGAAACACUUGCUCUCGUUUGCUCUUUUGCUCAGCAAGAUGAUUGGACUUCAUUGUACGACACACUUGGCUCACGACUACUUUCUGUUGGUGAACUACUUCCAGCAACACUUUGUUUCAUAUGUGCUGGGAAUAUUGAUAAAACAAUUGAGAUAUGGUCUAGGAAGUUGUCAGAUAAUCACGACGGCAAAUCUUAUUUUGAUCUCCUUCAGGAUUUAAUGGAGAAGACUAUAGUAUUUGCACUAGCAACUAGACAGAAGCGGUUUAGCAAUUCUCUAUGCAAGCUUGUUGAGAAGUAUGCUGAAAUCUUAGCCAGUCAGGGGCAGUUAAGUACAGCAAUGAAUUAUUUGAAGGUUCUGGGAACAGAGGAAUUGUCUCCUGAGCUGACAAUAUUACAAGAUCGUAUAUCCCUCUCUAUUUCCCCCGAAAAGGACACAAUGUCUAUGACUUAUGAGACCUCACAGUUGCAAACUGGACCUGAAUACAACAUGGAACAAUCACCUUUCAGCGUAAAUGAGGCUUCUCAGCACUUUUAUCAACACUCAUCAAUCUAUCAUAAUGGCCAACAUCCUGGAAAUUUUCAGCAUCAUCUUGGUUCUCCAUACAUGGGAUAUCCUCCCCCCUACCUGCCUACUCCACCGCAAACUGUCCAACAGCCCAACAUGUUUCUUCCAACACCGAGCUCUCAUGUUACCCAGGGGAGUACUGCUGUAGCACCCACAGCUCCUCAGCCUACUACGAAACCCUUCACUCCAACUAACCCUCCUGCUUUGAGAAAUGCAGAGCAAUAUCAUCAUUCCACUUUGGGUUCCCAGUUGUAUCCUGGACAUGGUAACACUGAUUUCCCAGCUGUUCCUCGUGAGCCUAGUGUAUCCAACCCUAAUGCAAUGCAAAUCAACCAGCCUCUUGGACAAAGGAUGCCUCAGGUUGCUGCACCUUCUCAAAAUAUUCGAGGGAUUUCCCCAGUUACAAACCCAGGAGUCCAGAGACCUGUUAUGGGUCCCAUUAAUCCUCCUAGCACUAAUGCUCAAGCAGCUCCCCUCCAAAAACCUGUAUCUUAUGCUCUGCCUCCACCCACAGUGCAGACAGUUGAUACUUCUAAUGUCCCUGCUAAACAAAAACCUGUUGUAACAACAUUGACUAAACUCUUCAACGAGAUAUCCGAGGUGUUAGGAGGGUCACGUGCAAAUCCGGCAAAGAGACGCGAAAUUGAGGACAAUUCAAGGAAGCUAGGGGCAUUGUUUGCUAAGCUUAACAGUGGGGAUAUAUCUAAUAAUGCUGCAGAAAAGCUCGUACAGCUUUGUCAGGCUUUAGACAAUGGUGACAUCAGCACUGCUCUUCAGAUUCAGGUGCUCCUCACAACUACCGAAUGGGAUGAGUGUCACUUUUGGCUAGCGACACUCAAACGAAUGCUCAAGACGAGACAAAGCUUGUGAUGAAACUUGGAAUUCCAAUGUUAAAGGAUUCAAGUUGAAGUUUGGUGGAGUACAGGUUUCACUUCUGUUCGUCUCCAUUUAAAAAAAAAUAUUUCAUGCCAUAAUUUGUGAUUCCCGCCAUUCGAUUUUAAAAGAGAAUAUAGUUUUCACUGACUUUGAUGAUUGUUCUUUUCUUUUAACUUUGUAAUGUUGAAAAAAAUACACCCAUUGCUUCACUUCAAAUAGAUAUAUGGGUCAGAGGUAGUAAUUCCUUAUAGAAACUCAUUUUAUCAUAAGCUUCUGAGUGAAGAAAUCCUGAGCUUGGAAUGUUCAAACUCAGUUUGAACUACAGUAUUAUAUUAUACUCCACAUAUACAUUUCUGGUAGUAGUAGGCACCGUGGGUAUUUAUAUUUUACAAGUUGGAUAUACUUUUUUAACCUUCAUAUCUGAAGCCAUUACCCUGUUGAAGUGUAAACCAUUGAUUCGGCUACUGCAAUAAAAUAAGAUUGUAUUG